UCGACUCGGAGUCGCGACUGCGCGACUCCGAGUCGACGAGCCGGCUACCUCCGGACGUGGAGCGGGCCGAGGUCGAGGCCUGGCUGGACGACCACCCCGACUUCACCAAGGACUUCUUCAUGAGGAAGGCCACCCGUCAGAUGAUCGACGCGUGGCUUCUCUCCCACGCCAUCACGCAGAGUCUGCAGGAGAGCUGUCUGCAUCGACACGCCACCUCCGUGCCCGGCAGCAGGUCAGUCUCAACACGCCACCCUCGUACCGGGUGCUGCCGGUCCACCAGCACCCCUGGGCCGCCCCUAGAAGUGUCAUGGCCACCACAGUGCUCGAUCGCCUCCUGCGACGCCGGACCCAGGUCGCCACAUGGUCGUCACAAAGCACUGGAAAGCACCAGAAAACAGCAAGAAGGCAACGGAAAGAGGAACGAUGUCUUUCGUCAGGGAGAUUGAUCGUGUGUCUAUCCACAAGUUCGCAAAAUGAGUAGGUUCCAAAAUGAUUUCGGGUGGGAGGGAGCUGAGCAGUGAACAAUGGCUGAACGUACCCCCCCCCCCCCCCCAAAUAGUCAACAUAUGCUCCCCAGAUUUCACCCACUUUCUUCUCAA